AUGAAGAAAAAGAAAAAGAUUGACAAUAUCGAGAAUCUAAAGAAGGAAGUGGUUAUGAAUGAUCACAAAUUAACCUUGGAAGAGCUGAGUGCCAAGUAUUCUGUGGACCUGGAAAUGGGCCUUACCCCUGAACAAGCACAAGAAAUUCUAGAACAAGAAGGACCCAAUACACUUACUCCACCCCCCACCACUCCAGAAUGGGUCAAAUUCUGUAAACAAAUGUUUGGUGGCUUCUCCAUCCUGCUAUGGACUGGUUCCAUUCUCUGCUUUGUGGCGUAUGGCAUCCAGUUCUAUUUUCAUGAUGCGUAUACCAAUGAUAAUCUGUACCUGGGCGUGGUGCUAGCCAUUGUGGUCUUUAUCACUGGCUGCUUCUCCUACUAUCAAGAAGCCAAGAGCUCCAGGAUCAUGGAUUCUUUUAAGAACAUGGUUCCUCAGCAAGCCCUGGUAAUCCGAGGAGGAGAGAGGAUACAGAUCAAUGUACAAGACGUGGUAUUGGGAGACCUGGUAGAAGUGAAGGGUGGAGACCGAAUCCCAGCUGACAUCCGACUUAUUGCAUCACAAGGAUGUAAGGUGGACAACUCAUCCUUGACUGGAGAGUCAGAGCCCCAGAACCGCUCCCCAGAGUUCACCCAUGAGAACCCUCUAGAGACAAAAAACAUCUGCUUCUUCUCCACCAACUGUGUGGAAGGCACAGGGCGGGGCAUUGUGAUUGCUACUGGAGAUGAUACCGUGAUAGGACGCAUUGCCUCGCUGACCUCGGGCCUGACAACCGGCAAAACUCCCAUUUCCAUUGAGAUUGAGCACUUCAUCCAUCUGAUCACCGUGGUGGCCCUCGUCCUGGGGAUCUCUUUCUUUGUGCUCUCGCUUCUCUUGGGCUACGGCUGGCUGCAGGCAGUCAUUUUUCUAAUUGGCAUCAUUGUGGCCAAUGUGCCUGAGGGGCUACUGGCUACUGUCACUGUGUGCCUGACCCUGACAGCCAAGCGCAUGGCGUAUAAGAACUGCCUGGUGAAGAACCUGGAGGCCGUGGAGACACUGGGCUCCACCUCCACCAUCUGCUCUGACAAGACGGGGACCCUCACCCAGAACCGCAUGACCGUCGCCCACAUGUGGUUUGACAGGACCAUAUAUAAUGCUGACAUCUCUGAAGACCAAGUUGAGCAAACAUUUGCCAAACACUCUCCCACCUGGUUCACGCUGGCCAGAAUUGCUGGCCUCUGCAACCGAGCUGACUUCAAGGCCAAGCAGGAGGCAGUGCCUAUAAUUAAGCGAGAAACAACAGGUGAUGCUUCCGAGUCGGCCCUGCUGAAGUUCAUUGAGCAGUCUUACCGCUCUGUGAAGAGCAUGAGAGAAAAGAACCCCAAAGUGGCCGAGAUUCCCUUUAAUUCUACCAACAAGUACCAGAUGUCCAUCCACCUUAUGGAAAACAACCCCAAUGCUCACAUGCUGCUGAUGAAGGGUGCUCCUGAGAGAAUCUUUGAAUUUUGUUCUUCCUUCUUGCUGAACGGACAAGAGUACCCAAUGGAUGAUGACAUGAGGAGUGCCUUCAACCGUGCCUACCUGGAGCUGGGAGGUCUAGGGGAGCGUGUGUUAGGGUUCUGUUUCUUGAAUCUGCCUAGCAGUUAUGGCAAGGGAUUUCCUUUCAAUACUGAUGAAAUCAAUUUCCCCAUGGAGAAUCUUUGUUUUGUGGGGCUCAUAUCCAUGAUUGACCCUCCACGAGCAGCUGUGCCUGAUGCUGUGAACAAGUGUCGUAGUGCAGGCAUUAAGGUGAUCAUGGUAACAGGUGAUCAUCCCAUUACAGCCAAGGCUAUUGCCAAGGGUGUGGGCAUCAUCUCAGAAGGCAUGGAGACAAAAGAGGACAUGGCUGCCCGCCUCAAUAUCCCUGUUAACCAGGUUAAUCCCAGGAAUGUCAAAGCCAUUGUGGUGCAUGGCUCAGAACUAAAGGAUUUGUCAUCAGAGCAGCUUGAUGAGAUCCUCAGGAACCACACAGAGAUUGUGUUCGCCCGGACCUCUCCUCAGCAGAAGCUCAUCAUCGUAGAAGGGUGUCAGAGGCUGGGCGCCAUCGUGGCAGUGACGGGUGACGGGGUGAACGACUCCCCUGCGCUGAAGAAGGCCGACAUUGGCAUCGCCAUGGGCAUCGCUGGUUCUGACGUCUCUAAACAAGCAGCCGACAUGAUCCUGCUGGAUGACAACUUUGCCUCCAUCGUCACAGGCGUGGAGGAGGGCCGCCUGAUCUUUGACAACCUGAAGAAAUCCAUCGCCUACACCCUGACCAGCAACAUCCCUGAGAUCACGCCCUUCCUGCUCUUCAUCAUCCUCAGUGUUCCUCUGCCACUGGGCACCAUAACCAUUCUCUGCAUCGACCUGGGAACUGACAUGGUCCCUGCUAUCUCUUUGGCUUAUGAGACAGCUGAAAGCGACAUCAUGAAGAGGGCUCCACGAAAUCCAAAAACCGAUAAUCUGGUGAACCGCCGUCUCAUCAGCAUGGCCUAUGGACAGAUUGGGAUGAUUCAAGCUCUGGCUGGAUUCUUCACCUACUUCGUGAUCUUGGCAGAGAAUGGGUUUAGGCCUUUGGAUCUGUUGGGCAUCCGCCUCAACUGGGAGGAUCAAUACCUGAAUGACCUUGAGGACAGCUACGGACAGCAGUGGACCUACGAGCAGCGGAAGGUAGUGGAGUUCAUGUGCCAGACGGCCUUCUUUGUCAGCAUUGUGAUUGUGCAGUGGGCUGACCUCAUCAUCUGCAAGACCCGCCGCAACUCAGUCUUCCAGCAGGGCAUGAAAAACAGAGUCCUAAUAUUUGGGAUCUUGGAGGAGACAUUGCUGGCUGCUUUUCUGUCCUAUACUCCAGGCAUGGACAAGGCCCUGCGAAUGUACCCACUUAAGUAA